AUGUUUCGAGUCCUGGCGCAGCUGUUCGCAGUGGGGCUUGUAACUACUUGCGCUGAGCACGUGGACCUGCAGCUCAUGCAGAUGCACACGGCCAGUCUCUUGCGUGGCAGUGGGAUACGGUCGGGAUGCCAUACCUCAACCCAGGGCGACGAGUGUCACGAGAAGCUGAUGUGGGCGAUGCGGACGGGCAUCAAAGAACACCCAAAAUGGUAUCUCACUCCGACGAGAAAUUCCAGCUUCGAGGAGUUCCAGCAGUGCCUGCGCGCCGUGGAUCGGCUCUCUGACGUGUGCCCCAAGCCAUGUGCAGCGGCGCAGUCAGAGGAGCGACCGACAGAGCAGUUGCCCGCAGUGCCACAGGAGUGUCUCACCAGUGGUGAAGGCGACGAGUGUUACGAGAAGGUGAUGUGGGGCCGCGAUGCGGACGGGCAUCAAAGAACACUCAAAAUGGUAUCUCCCUCUGACGAGUAG